AUGACAACUUCGCCAACUCUUGCAACCAAAACUACAUCCAAAGAAAGUCUAUUAUCAUCAGAUUCUUCACCAUCUAAAAUUAUCAAUCAUGAAUACGAAACUAGGCAGAGACUUGAGUCUAAUUUUGCUAUGGUAAUGAUGAACGGAGGAGAUUCAGGAACUGGCAAAGGUCUAGUACACUACCUCAUGAACCCUCGCGAACUUCGAGAAGAUCAUCCAGUUUGGCAUUACUUCUACCUCUGUACCUUAAUAUUCGCUGCAUUUGUUUCGUUAUUUAUUGGUCCUGUAAUUUUUGGUAUGCUGGCAGCCAUUGGUGGCAUUGUCGUAUUUGCAGUUGUUUGCAUUGUUGCGCUUGUUAGAAUACUUGGAUUGAGUGCCGAAUGGGUUUUGGAUACCCUUUGGUACGGAGGAAAUGAUUUAUUAGAAAUUAGCAAACAACAGAUUCUUACAUUGUGUAACAUUCCCAACGGUAUGUUUGGUUUAUCCAGUUUCAUUAUCUGUUGCUGUUCUCAGACAGCUUUUCUAAUGUUAUUUGCUAGUGAUCGAGACGUUGCACAAUCGUUCGUUGAUUAA